AGGACUCGUCUUUGUCAAUCAGACAAUGAAUUGGAGAGAUGCUCAGAGUUACUGCAGACAGAAUCACAUUGAUCUGGUCAGUGUGAGAAACCAGAAUGAGAAUCAACAGGUUGAGAAGAUCAUUAAUGAUAGAAAUUUAUCUGGAUCACAUGUCUGGAUCGGUCUGUUCAGAGACUCAUGGCAGUGGUCAGAUCAGAGUGACUCCUCAUUCAGAUACUGGAACACUGGUGAACCUAAUAAUGCUGGAGGUGUUGAAAACUGUGCAUUCGUUAAAGUGCAGACUCAGGGACAGUGGCAUGACAUCUCUUGCACCAACCAGUUUCCUUUUGUGUGUCAUGAAGAUUUUGAUUCUGAACUGAUUCUGAUCAAAGAGAAUCUGACGUGGUCUGAAGCUCUGAGUUACUGCAGACAGAAUCAUGUGGAUCUGGUCUCGGUUCAUUCAGAAGAGAUUCAGCGUGGUGUGAUGAACGUGGUUAAACGGGCAUCUACUGCGGCGGUGUGGUUGGGUUUACACAACUACUGCAGCAUGAACAUGUGGCUCUGGGUGAGUGGAGAGAUCGUGUGCUAUCACAACUGGGCUCCAGGGAACGGAACGACACGGGAAAACUGCAGCCUCGAGAACAGAAAAGGAGCAGUUCAGUCUGGAGGAGAUCAGCGCUGGAUCAGCCUUCCUGAAUCUCACAAACUCAACUUCAUCUGCAGCAGAUAUUAAGAGUGAGAAACACACUAAUGUGUUUACUUACGUUAACGGUUUUCAUAGGCUACUUCAUUAGUUUUCUGAUUUACAUUUAUGUUUGAUUUGUUCUUUAGUAAGUUCUGAGUGAAUCUGACGUGGUUGGGUUACUGGGUUUUAAAAGUGUCCAGAAGUGUGUUUUAUUUCAGUAUUAUGCAAUAUGUGUCUUUUAAGAAACUCUUUUCAUACAGAGGCCUGUUUCCGAAAGGAGAUAAAGUGAAAACUCUGUGUUAACUCUGAAAUAAGGUUAGUUACACCAAAACACAGUGGGAGUGGGAAAAUACCUUAGACAUCUAAGCAAAGGCGACUUCUCAGGGUCUUGGAUUUCCAAACAUGUUUUGCUUUAUAUACAGACUGUAAACAUAUCUAUGUUAUAUCACAAGCUGACUUAACUUCCUGUUCUGGUCUCUUCCUCCUCCC